AUGGCGUCGCUAGUAGCUCGCAACGCCGUCAGGCGUGUUCUUGGACAAAAGUUAAGGAUUAUUCCAUCCACUACUGUGAAAACUGGUCAUAUUAUAGGUUACGCUUGCAUAUGUCGAAUAAGAAACCAACAUACUGAUGUCGAAAGCGAAGCUAAGAAAAGUGAUUGGGAUUUAUCCGGUAUUAAAAGAUGGUUUGGCUUCGAGGACCCGCCGAUCCCUACCGAAGAAGAGAUGCAAACCAGAAUGGAGUUAUUAGAAAGAGUUAGAGAAAUGUAUUAUGCUCAGCCACCCAUAUCGCCUGAUUAUGAAUUUUAUGCAGAAGCAGUUAGAGCAAUGAUAAGAUUUAGAGACAAACGAGCGGUAGAAACCAUUUGUGAUAUGAUGAAUGAAGUCGAUAUGGAAAUUCAAGAUGAUUUAAGGCUUGAGGCGGUAUUUGUACCUUGGGUCGACAUGUAUCACUUACAAGAAGCAUUACAACUACUUCAAGCAGAUAAGAAAAGCUAUGGUUACUUUACUUGCUUACCCGCAAAGACCUGCUCAUGCUAUGCACUUGAACAACGAACGAAUCCAUUGAUCAUAUCACCCCAAAAUCAUCGUGGAAUUGGAACUCCUAAUCAAUAUUACGAUUUACUUUGGUCAUCAUUGCGUAUUAGGAGAGAUUGA